AUAUACAUUAUAAUGCUGGUCGUGUAGGGCUUUGGAUUGCUUAACAAUUUGUAAAAAAUUUCUGAAAUGGAUCUAAAAUGUUAUUGGAUUUUGUUGUUAAUUUGUGCACGAGUAAGAGGAAUUCCCGAAAGGCUCUUGUUUGAUUUUGAUAGUCCCGAAGCCAAGGAGUUACCGCGAGAAAACGAUGUUUCUUCCGACGAGAUCUUCUUGAAAGUUCCUAUCUCAUUCUAUGGAAUGACAUAUAAAACUAUUUAUGUUAAUUCCAAUGGUUUUAUAUCUUUUCAAACAGAAAUUCCACAGUUUAUAAAUAUUGAAUUUCCUCUUGAUUAUGCUAUUAUUGCCCCGUUUUAUUCCAAUGUGGAUACGACAGGAGCUGGAACUAUAUCAUAUUUUGAAACGCAAGAUCCUGGUCUACUCAAUCGGGCUACUGAAGACAUUCAUGAAUCUUUUAUAGAAGCAGCAGAUUUUCGAGCAAAGAGCUUGUUUAUUGUUACAUGGAAUGGUGUUGGAUACUAUGAUGGAAGACAUGAUAAACUUAAUACCUAUCAAGCGGUUAUUAUAACGGAUGGAAGAGAAAGCUACGCGGAGUUUUUAUAUCCGGAUAAUGGUAUUCAGUGGAUCCAGGGUACCGGAGAUCAGUCGGGUUUAGUAGACGCUCGUGCGCAGGUUGGUUUUUUAUCACCUGAAGGAAAAAUGCAUUUGUUACCCGGCAGUUCUACCGAAUACGUCAGAAAACUUGACAAAUGGUCCAAUGUAGGCUUACCUGGCCAAUACAUAUUUAAAAUUAAUGGUCAGGAAAUUAUUGAACCUGACGGAUAUGGACAAAAAGAGAACGGCCUUUAUCCCUUGACAUGUGCUGAAGUUCCCACUGCCUGUCAUAGCCAAGCUGUGUGUAUUGACUAUAAAGAGGGUUAUUGUUGUGAAUGUAAUCCUAGUUUUAUUGGAAAUGGAAAGUUUUGUAUUAAAGACGGAGAACCAUUAAGAGUUAUUGGAAAAGUGAAUGGAAAAAUUAAUGGAGAACGACUUGAAAAUUUAGACUUACAGUCCUACAUAAUUUUGACGGAUGGUAGAGCAUAUACUGCUGUCUCAAAAGUACCAGAAUCCAUAGGAGGAGAUAUACAGACUCUACAAGUUAUUGGUAGUACUAUUGGCUAUUUAUUGGCUAAGCCAGUGAGAGGUGCUGUUAAUGGCUUUCAAAAGUCAGGUGGUCUUAUUAAUCACACCGCUACAAUCACUUUUUUAAAUACUACUCAAGUAGUAAGGGUUAAUCAAAAAUUUCUAGGAUUAGAUGUUUUUGACCAACUAAAAGUGAUCAUUGAUAUUCAAGGAGAAAUACCUACCCUACCACCUGAUUCGAGAGUCCAAAUAGAAGAAUACCAAGAACAAUAUACUCAAACAGACCACAAUCUAAUUCAAAUGACAGCAGAUCGAACUUUUUAUAUUACAACUCCAAAUGGAGAACAAGUUGCAAACGUAUUCAGGAUCGAACAAUCUUUCAUCUUUGACAGCUGUCCGUUUAAGAAUAAUACUAAUUUGGGGGACAGUUGGACGCUAAAAGUAGGAAGCAAUUUUAUAAGUUACGAAUCUCGAGAGCAAAUAAUUCGAUUUGGCGUAAACAAUAAAAUAGUACCCAUUGGAGAUUUUAAUCCUUGUAUCGAAGGAGGGCAAACUUGUGGACCUUAUAGUGCAUGUGUAGUUGAAGGAAACUCCUUUGAAUGUGUUUGCAAUUUGGGAUAUUACAAGAUUUAUUCACAAAAUAAUCCCACGUGUGUGGAUGAAAAUGAGUGUCAAACUAACCAUAAUUGUGAUUCCAAUGCUCAGUGUCAUAAUACUGAAGGAAGCUAUCAGUGCCUAUGUAAUCCAGGAUUCGAAGGAGAUGGCAAAAUAUGCAGUCCAGUAAACACUUGCGCCAAUAUUUCUUGUAGGGAAAACGCACAAUGUGUACAAUCUGGUGAAGUAGCUGAAUGUAGGUGCCUUCCUGGAUUUAGAGGUGAUGGUCUUAACUGCCAACCAGUCACCAGUCAAGAUUGCGAUAUGAACAAUAAUUGCUCUCCAUACGGUAUUUGCAGCAUAGAUCCAGCUACCAAUCAAUUUAGCUGUCACUGUCAUCCAGGCUUUGAAGGUGAUGGCUACUAUUGUGUUCCAAGGGUGACAAAUCCUAUUCCAACUUCAACUGUAGCACCUAUUAGUACUACGGAAAGCUAUGUACCGAUCACAGAUACAUAUGACCAAAGAUUAGAGCCACAAUGUGAUGGUGAUGUUUGUUUAUGUCCUAAUGAAUACUUUUACGACUCAGACAUAAACUCUUGUGUGCCAGAGAUAAGCGGAAAAGAAUCUAAUAGUUCGAGCUUCUCAGUUGAUUGCCGCACACUAAAUAACUGUGACUCGAAUGCUUGGUGCGGUUAUAACGAACUAGAACAAGGGUUUUUUUGCCAUUGCAAUGAAGGAUUUGAAGGUAAUGGAUUUAAUUGCCAAGAAGAAAGAAAAUCAUGCCAAGAGCUUAAUAACUGUGAUCCUCAUGCACUUUGCACAUACAACGAGACUAUUGGUCAAUUUAGGUGCGUUUGUAGUCCUGGAUAUGCUGGAGACGGAUACCAUUGUGCUAUUGCUACUACUUGCAGCUCAAGUAACGACUGUGCACCUACUGAAGAUUGCUUGUAUCAAAACGGGCGUUAUGAAUGCUUAUGUAAAGAAGGCUAUUCAAGAGACUCUCAGCAAAUUUGUGUUGCAAUGAGCGCCUUAUGUGGAGGAGGAUAUUGCGUGGAGAAUGCAGAAUGUUUAUAUGACGAGGAAUUUCAAACGUUUUAUUGCUAUUGUAAGCGAGAUUAUGUUGGAGAUGGUAUUACUAGUUGUCAGCUAAAGCAAGUUGGAUGUGACACUCUAAAUAACUGUGGUCUUCAUGCCAGAUGUCAGUACGAAGAACAAGUUUAUACCUAUGUCUGUAAAUGUAACCCUGGAUUCUUUGGAGAUGGAUUUAAUUGUUUUGCUCAGAAAAAUUGCCUCACUGAGCCUACUCUGUGUGAUAGAAAUGCUUUUUGUUCUUCAGACGCUGAUAGAAAAUAUGUUUGCCAGUGCAACCAAGGAUUCAUAGGAAACGGAAGUUCCUGUAAACCUAUUUCUAGGGAAGAAGGAAACUUCUUAUUACUUAACCAAGGUUGGGCUACUCAUAAAAUUCCAAUGGCAGCAACUCCGCGAGACCCUGGCAAACCUAUUCAAAUUAAAGCAUAUCAAACCGCCGUUGGCUUGGAUAUUGAUUGCUUGGAAGGAAGAGUCUACUGGAGUGAUAUUAUGUCUCAAGCAAUUAGGAGUUCUUUAUAUAAUGGCAGCGAUAACAGGGAUUUUAUUAAAACUGAAAUUGGAUCUCCUGAAGGUCUUUCAAUUGAUUGGGUAUCCCGAAAUAUUUACUGGACUGACUCAACUAAAAAAACCAUAGAAGUAGCAAAUUUAGAUUCUAAAAGAAGAAGAGUUCUCUUUAGAACCGGAUUAGUUAAUCCAAGAGGAAUAACAGUUCAUCCACAGAGAGGUAAAAUAUUUUGGUCGGAUUGGGACAGAAGCCAUCCCAAAAUCGAAUGGGCCAAUGCCGAUGGCACUGAUAGGAGUAUAUUUUUAGAAGGCCCAGCAGUUUCCCUUCCAAACUCAUUAGCUAUUGAUUUUGAUACUGACCAGCUUUGUUACCCUGACGCAGGAACUAAAAAUAUAGAAUGUGUUCAAAUAGAUAAUCGUCAAAUUCAGACUAUUGCCAUAAACUGCACUUAUCCGUUUGGAAUUACUAUUACAGAUAAAAUGGUUUUCUGGUCAGAUUGGAUAUCAAAAAAAAUUGAAAGGGUAGAUAAAUAUACACUUCAACGUCUUCCAUCUCUUAAUGUACCUGCAGGAGGUUCUGGCAAUAAACUGUUUGGUUUGGUCGCUGUACCAAAUAGCUGCCCAAAAUUGUCAAAUCUAUGUCAAUAUACGACUUGCCAAGAAGAACAUAUUUGCUUGCCUGAUGGCAAAGGAAGCAAGAGAUGUGUCUGCGCCAGGUUAUCUGAUAGUACUCAAGAACCAGGCUGUACGUUGUAAUAAGAAUAAUAAUUAGUAAGAUAUAUUUUUAAACCAAUAGAACCCUUUAUUUUAUAAAAAUAAGUCGCAUUAGAUUAAAUCUCCACGUAAAAGUUACCUGUAAUAUUUUUAAGUAAGUUUUGUUUGUAAUGCUGUUUAAAAUAAAGAUAAAUAAAAUAAUCAUUAAA